AUGGUGGAUGAUAGCAGCUUAGAUGGUUCCGAGAAGGAAGAGAUCGACAGCUCAGGUGGUGGCUUUGGAGAUAUGGCAUCCAUGGACUCUAUCGAGUCUCGAUGGGUUAUGCAAGACGACGAUGAGUCCGAGAUCGGCGUUGAGGAUGAUUUCGACGGUACCGGACUGGAAUCCGAGGAUGAAGAGAUAGCUGAGCAUCGCCUACUCCGCACCGGUGCGCGUGUUGACUCCUUCGACGUGGAAGCCCUUGAAGUUCCCGGUGCUCAAAGGAACGAUUACGAGGACUUGACUGUUGGGAGGAGAGUGUUGCUCGCAUUCCAGACGCUAGGGGUUGUCUUCGGAGAUGUAGGAACCAGUCCAUUGUAUACGUUCAGUGUAAUGUUCAGUAAAUCACCUGUCAAAGAAAAAGAGGAUGUCAUUGGUGCAUUGUCGCUAGUGUUAUACACCUUACUUUUGAUUCCCCUCAUUAAAUACGUUCUUGUUGUUCUGUGGGCAAAUGAUGAUGGUGAAGGUGGGACCUUUGCAUUAUACUCUUUAAUCUCUCGUCAUGCGAAGAUUAGUCUUAUCCCAAAUCAACUUCGCUCCGACGCCCGGAUUUCAAGUUUUAGACUGAAGGUGCCCUGCCCUGAGCUUGAGAGAUCACUGAAACUGAAAGACAAACUCGAGAAUUCAUUAUUUCUGAAGAAGCUUCUCCUCGUGCUAGUUCUUGCUGGAACUUCGAUGGUGAUUGCCGAUGGGGUUGUUACUCCUGCAAUGUCAGUAAUGUCAGCUGUUGGUGGACUUAAGGUUGGAGUUGAUGCAAUCGAGCAAGAUCAAGUGGUCAUGAUUUCGGUUGCAUUUUUGGUGAUCCUGUUUAGUCUACAGAAGUAUGGGACGAGUAAGAUGGGACUAGUAGUAGGCCCCGCUUUACUUAUAUGGUUCUGUUGUCUUGCUGGUAUUGGAAUUUACAACCUGGUCAAGUACGAUAACACUGUUUACAGAGCAUUCAACCCUAUCCACAUCUAUUACUUCUUCAAGAGGAACUCUAUAAAUGCGUGGUAUGCACUUGGAGGUUGCAUUCUCUGUGCUACAGGCUCAGAGGCAUUAUUUGCAGACCUUUGCUACUUCUCUGUUCGAUCAGUCCAGCUUACAUUUGUGUGUCUCGUCCUGCCGUGCCUCAUGUUGGGCUAUAUGGGUCAAGCUGCAUACCUGAUGGAGAAUCAUGCGGAUGCUAGUCAAGCUUUCUUUUCGUCUAUUCCAGGUGCUGCAUUCUGGCCGGUUCUUUUCAUAGCCAAUGUUGCAGCUCUGAUUGCCAGCCGCACAAUGACGACUGCAACAUUUUCAUGUAUUAAACAGUCAACAGCUCUGGGUUGUUUCCCUCGUCUCAAAAUCAUUCACACAUCUCGGAAAUUUAUGGGCCAGAUUUAUAUACCUGUCCUCAACUGGUUCCUGCUUGCCGUUUGCCUGAUUGUCGUCUGCUCAAUCUCAAGCAUUAAUGAGAUUGGAAAUGCAUAUGGGAUGGCUGAGCUUGGAGUGAUGAUGACAACAACAAUGCUAGUGACGUUAAUCAUGCUUCUUAUAUGGCAGAUAAAUAUAGUAAUUGCCAUUGCCUUUCUGAUAGUUUUCCUCGGAGUGGAGUUAAUCUUUUUCUCAUCAGUUAUCGCGAGUGUCGAGGAUGGAAGCUGGAUAGUAUUGGUUUUCUCCGUGAUCAUGUUUGGUAUAAUGUACAUAUGGAACUAUGGAAGUAAGCUCAGGUAUGAAACAGAAGUUGAACAAAAGAUGUCAAUGGAUCUGAUGAGAGAUCUUGGGUGCAACCUGGGAACAAUCAGAGCUCCCGGUAUCGGUUUGUUGUACAAUGAAUUAGCGAAAGGAGUUCCAGCAAUAUUUGGCCAUUUCCUGACAACACUUCCUGCAAUUCAUUCCAUGGUCAUCUUUGUCUGCAUAAAAUACGUCCCGGUCCCAUCUGUGCCUCAGAAUGAGAGGUUUCUUUUCAGGCGUGUCUGCACCAAAAGCUAUCACUUAUUCCGUUGCAUUGCCAGGUAUGGUUAUAAAGAUGCAAGAAAGGAGAACCACCAAGCAUUUGAGCAGCUACUGAUCGAGAGCCUGGAGAAGUUUAUCCGGAGAGAAGCUCAAGAACGUUCCCUGGAGAGCGACGGGAACGAUGAUUCAGACUCGGAGGAAGAAUGCCCAGGUUCAAGAGUGGUCAUUGGCCCCAACGGAAGCAUGUACUCAAUGGGUGUUCCUCUUCUCUCUGAGUACAGAGACUUGAACAAACCGAUCAUGGAAACGAACACUUCCUCUAAUCGCGCGAACCACCAGCCCUUUGACGCAUCAUCUGAUUCCUCUGUAUCUGAAGCCGAGCAAAGCCUAGAUAGCGAGUUAUCGUUCAUACACAAAGCGAAAGAAUCAGGGGUGGUGUAUCUACUUGGACAUGGUGAUAUAAGAGCAAGGAAAGAUUCAUGGUUCAUCAAGAAGUUAGUCAUAAACUACUUCUACGCAUUCCUGAGGAAAAACUGCAGAAGAGGGAUUGCAAAUCUGAGUGUGCCUCAGGCGCAGCUAAUGCAGGUCGGUAUGACGUACAUGGUCUGA